GUGAGACCCCCCCCCCUCUCGGACAGUCUCACAUGCACGCGCACCUCGUCCCGUAUCUCUGUGUUCUCAAUAUUCUUCUACCAAACAGAGAUGAUGAUCCGGAUCAGACCCGGAGACCCGGACCUGAUGAUGAUGAUGAAGGAGUGAGCUGGUCGCUCAUUGGCUGCCGUGUAGAGACACGUGCUGUUGACAGAGGAAGGAGGAAGGAGAGGAGGAGGAGGAGUGAGAGUUUGUUUUUCUCUGUAGAAGAAGAAGAAGAAAGUUCCCGCCGCGGCUCACGCUCCUGACGGACUGACAGCCGAACCGGACCAGGACCAGCGGGAGAACGAGUCCGAGAACUUCCGCUCAAACUUUUUACUGAAACUGUGCGCGCUCCCGCGGCUCGGGGCUGCUCCGGGACUGACGCGCAUGCGCGGCUGUUGUGUUUUUCUGUGUGUGGAUAAUGGACCGAUUGUGACACCGGGCUCGGUGGUGACGUCACUGGAGGGAGAAGAGCGGGGAGGAGGAGGGGGGUCGCUGAUCCAGAUCAGGAGCGGGAGCGCGCGCCUCAGCUGAGAACAGGAACUGAGUCAGUAGUGUGUGUGUGUGUGUGUGUGUGUGUGUGUGUGUGUGUGAGGAUGAGUGGAGGUAAAAAGAGGAGUGGCUUCCAGAUCACCAGCGUGACCUCAGACUUACACCAAACUCCGUCUGGCCAAUCAGCUCCCAGUGUGGUCACAACCAUCGUCCAAUCAGAGGCCUCCUCCUCCUGCAGCUCUCAGGGAAGCUCCUCCCAGCCGACCACGCCCUCUCUGAAGAGGAAAUACGUCUCCCAUGAUGCCGCGGGGCAGGGAGUGGGGUCUUCCUCCAGGUUCAGGGUGGUAAGGCUGGCGGUGGGCGGGGCCAGUGGCGGUGGGCGGGGCGAGCCGUACCGCCGUGGGCGGUGGACGUGCACAGACUUUAUGGAGCGACAGGAAGGGGCGGGGUUCAGGCGGGUGAUGGACAGCAUGAGACACGCCCACUCUCUGGAGUCCCUGGAGAUGAUUGGCCGAGACAGAGACAGAGGCGGGGUCCACUCCCAGGACCUGCUCGCUCAGGGGGCAGGGCUCAUGCUCCGCAGUGGGCCGCCCUCCCCAACGCACCGAGAGCCAAUUAACAUCCGGCUGCUGGACCGAAAACAGCCAAUGGGAGCGCAGGGUUUGGACUCCACCCCUCCACCACCUUCACUUUGCCCACGAAACGUCCCUCCUCCUCUACGAUUGGACGUCGAUGCUACAGGACGGUCUGUCCUCAGACUGUCUCACUCUCAGCCCAGCUCCCCCCCUGCUGGAUCGUACCAUCCCUCCCUGACCCCCGUUCAGACUCCAGCAGCCUUCAGUCUGGACCAGACCAUCUUCAACCUGCCGGGGGACGACAGUGCCUCCAGUAACAGUCUGAUCGCCAUCGACAACAAAAUCGAGCAGGCCAUGGACCUGGUGAAGAGUCACCUGAUGCUGGCGGUCAGAGAGGAGGUGGAGCUGCUCAGAGAACAGAUCAGAGAUCUGCAGGAAAAGAACCAACAACUGGAGAGAGAGAACGUCAUCCUGAGAACACACACACACACUGACACACACUGAUACACACACACUGAUACAACAGACACACACACACACGCACUGAUACACACUGAUACACACUGAUACACACACACACACACUGAUACACAGACUGACACACAGACACACUGAUACACACACACACACACACACACACACACUGACACACACAGACACACACUGAUACACACACACACACACUGAUACACACACACACACACAGACACACUGAUACACAGACACACACAGACACACUGAUACACGCACACACAGACACUGACACACACACACACACACACACUGAUACACACACUGAUACACAACACACACACACAGUGAUACACACUCACACACACACACACACACACACUGACACACACUGAUACAACAGACACACACACACACUGAUACACACUGAUACACACACACACACACACACACACACACACUGAUACACAGACUGACACACAGACACACUGAUACACACAGACACACAACACACACACACGGAUACACACUCACACACACACAAACACACACACACACUGAUACACACACACACACACUGACACACUAAGACUUGCCUGGCUGACGACACGCUGCUCACCUGAGAGCGUUGUCGUGGUAACAGGUUUGACCAGCUGAUAAUCAGACUAACGAAGAGCGUGGUAACCAUGACAACAGGACUGUGUCCAGAUGUUCUGUGAUGAAGACGAUGAUGAAGAACUGAGUCUAAUAAAUGAAUAAUGUUUAACUGA